UCGACCGUUCGCUCGCUCGGUUAGGUUAUCCAAUCAAGUGAGAACCGCCGCCAGGGGGAAGAAAGAAGACGACGGCGGCGGCGCAGGGGGUUAGAAAAAAGAUGGCGGCGGAGGAGGGGGCGACGAAGACGUUCCUAGUCCAGAGCGAGGACGGCAUGAAUUUCGUGGUGUCGGACCUGGAAGCGAGCCAAUCCUGGGUCAUCGAUGGCGACACCGUCUGCUACGAUGGCGAGCCCAUCCGCGUGGACGUAGGCGGCAAAAUCCUCUCCAAGGUCUUGCACUACUGCAAGAAGCACGCCUACUCCAACGUCUGCGACCUCAGCGCUUGGGACGCCGAGUUCGUCCGCGGCCUAGACCUCGAGACACUAUACGAUCUCAUCGUGGCUUCCGACGAACUUAAAAUCGAAGGACUGCUUGCACUGACCUGUCAGACUCUCGCCAAUAAGAUUAAGGGCAAGUCGCCACCUGAGAUCUGUGAUAUACUAAACAUCAGGGGCGUCUUCACUCCGGAAUUACAUCAAGAGCAUUCAAGUGGAUCUUGUGUUAGCUACACGGCUUUGGCGGCUGUGGAAAUCGUCGCAAAUUGGUGGAACCUAGAGCUAAAAUUGGUAGAUAAGGCGUUACGGGCUCUCCACAUAGUUCGUUGCCAGGAGUUCACCGGAUACGAGCCCAAGGUCAAUGGUUUAGUACGUCAUCGAUUCAACGACUUCAACCUAGCCUUCUUUGACUUAGAUAAGGAGAGUGAGUAUUUUCAUGAUUGUCCUGUUCCAUUAGAUCAUCUCCAGCCGCGCCCUCAACAGGCCCUCCCCGGGACAUUUUUUCGCUGGUGGAAAAAAAGGCCUAGUCGCGCCCCCAGAAGCCCGUUUUUCCCCGGCUCUGGCCGAAAUCAGCGACUGGCGUGCGCGGUCAUCGUCCUCAUCGCCUCGUUUCCCGUGGGAAUCAAUUCUAAGGCGCGCCGCCGGUCAGCCUUUUCAUUGAUUCACGGGUGGCGCAGUGAAGGCGUGGCGACGCGCGUCCCGUCGGUUCCUGCCACACGUUCACACGGCGCCGCUCCGCGUGCCCACCCGCCCGCGGCUAUAUAAGCUAGUUUUUCCCGUGGGCCACCGCUUAACAAUAAAACGCCAACGUGUGAGUCGGUCGUGGGAUCAUGUGUCAAUGUUGUUUCCUUGAAGGUAAGUGAAUCAGAUGUUGGCUUUCCGGUUGACAUAUUUGGUACCGUUGUUGCAAGGGUCUCGGUGGACUACAGAUGUGUCUAUCUGUUUCGGCGUGAAAGGGACGAUCCCCAACACAUCAGCUCACCGGAUGAUAUGUUAUCUUUGACAGAUCCGUGUCGAGGGCUUAUCCCGGGAAGCAGUGUUUAUUUUGAGAUCGAUUUAAAGAUCAAGUGUGAUGGUUGUGCGGACAAAGACUUUAGCAAAGGCAUGGUAGAAUUCGAUUCGGUCCGUCUUCAGGGAGACAAGGGGACCAUGACUCUUGAGCUAGGUAGUUGGCUAAGUUCGGUGGAGUUGUUAUGUGCACAGGUCUACAGGCCUGUGGAAGCUACAAUUGAAAUAAAUGUUUUGAAGGGGCCGUGCAAUAUAGUGUAGCUGCUCUGACUCCUGGAAACUUCAAGGAUCAUAUCAUUCUAUAUGAAGCAGUGGGUGGCCCGACAGCAAUAGGUGAUGGUGGUUCUGUUCCGUUUAGUCGUCGUGUGGUCGCUGUCCCAAGGGAGCAGAAGCUGGCACUCUUUAUUGUGGGUGGCAACGUACUUGAACACCUUGCCCUCACUCUAGGUCAUUCCCAAGAAAUGGUCAAUCGACAGAUGGGCUCUGCCGAAGUGGAGGUGAAAGUUGCCUGGACAGCUGUCCCGGUAAGGAAGAGAUCUAAUAUGUGUAAGAUUGUGGCAAACCAGCAGUUAUUGCUGUGAUAAAAGUUGUUGGUUUUUCUGAUGAUAUCCAAAUUUAAGGUGUUAUUUCGACCAGACAAACAGCUAUUGGAUUAAUAUAUGUAUGUGGUUUAUGUGA